GAAUUGGUGCGUUGUUGGGGUUUAUGAUAGGUGGUUGAGGUAUCAACUUCAAAGACUGGGAAGCAUGGUCACACCAAAUGUCAUUUCGUUGCCAUUGAUAUCUUCACUUCUAAGAAGCUUAAAGAUAUCGUUCCUUCUUCCCACAAUUGUGACGUUCCACAUGUGAAUCGUGUUGAUUACCAGUUGAUUGAUAUCUCUGAAGAUGGCUUUUCUUCUUACUGACAAUGGUAGCACUACGGAUGAUCUGAAGCUUCCAACUGAUGAAGCUUUGCUAACACAGCUUAAGAAUGGAUUUGAGGAAGGCAAAGAUAUAGUUGAUACGGGCUGACUUUUUUGAGUAUCUAACGUCACGUUAAUGCCAAAGUAUUGAUAUCAAAUGAAUCAUCAUUUCUGGU